GCCGUCGCCGCGCGCGCGAUCCCGUCCCGCGUGCCAGCGCGCUCUUUGUCUUGGCCGCGGCGCCGCCGUUGGGGAGGACUGGGCUGAGGCAAAGGGAAGGUGGGUGGUGGUGGUGGUGGCGAGGGACCUUCCCUCCCACCCACAACCCGGAAUCGGCCCUCACUCGUGGUCAGGCACGAGCACGAAACACGGCUUUCACCCCCCUCCCCCCGCGUCUCGAGCGCCCUCAUUAAACGCUCCGCGCUCGUGCACGCGCGCCCGCCUCCCCUCCCCCCCUCCCGCUAAACGCCCGUUUAUUUGCUGUUCUCCCUCCCGCCCCCGCGAGCCCGCCUUCCUCUCACGUGCCCCGCUUUUCCUCUGACCCGCCCCGCCCACCCUCUUCCUCUCGGCUCCAUAUUGAGGCUGAAGGAGGCUAAAUCCAGUCACAAAAUGGAGGUAACGUUUGUCGGCGCCGCCGCCGCGCGGGAAGGCAGGCAGGCAGGGAGAGGGUCCUGCAACGGCGGUUGCGGAGCGGGCGUGAGAGUGGGUGGGUGGGGGUUGCAGAGGGAGCGGGCGCGUGGCGCGGCGUAUGAGGGGCUCGCGGGAGGGAUAGCGAUUGGCUGGCUCGGCUCCUGGCCUUCUCCCCAUCCACCUCCCCCCCCCUUCCUACCACCUCGGUUCUUGCUUUAUCCAGCUGCAAACAGCUAAUUAUCCGAAAUGGCGCGAGAGGGCGGCGGCGGCGGCGGCAGUUGGGCGGGAGAGGCUUCUGUUGGGGGCCAUUGUAACCCUGUGGAGAAAGAGGCUCGAGUUUGAGCGAGAGGAGCCGCAGGAGGCCCUUUCCUAAGUUGAACCCAAACCAAAAUCCUUCCUUCAACUCUAUAGUAGGCUUGAAUAUAUAUAUAUAUAUAUAUAUAUGCAAAUUACAACCCGUGACUUGAUCCAAGUGCCUAUCACUCGAUGGUCUCGCCGGUUCUCAUUCGACUUCCCGAGCCACUUGUGCAGCUUUCGCCUUUUUAAAGUUUAAAAGCAGUAAGGUAUAACCUUUCGAGUAAAAUCCCAAUGACUUGAACGCGACGACGAAACACAUCCUGAGAACCUGGCUGAGGACAACCCCCUCCCCCCCAAAAAAUGUAUUAGAAUUUGCUAUAUCUUUUAGCUGCAUAACCUGUGUGUGUUUUUUUAAAUGAAAAUAAAAUAGUUAACAAAAAAAAAAGCACCCAGUUCCUCCUACACAGCAGCAGAACAGCUAAGACUAGCUGCCUCCCAUGAAUCAGUUAUUCGGGUGCUUUCAGUUCUAAUAAUAAUAUGGGAUAUCUUGCACUUGUCCACGUGGCCCAAUGGUGCUUGAGAUGAAAACACGUUCUCUUCCCCCACCCCAAUAGUUCUGAAUAACUGGUGGUUUGACGUUGAUUUUGAAUUGUAGCUGUUCCUAAUUCUGUCUGUCUUGCUGGGUAUUUUGGUGGCUGUCACUAAAGCCAGUGACUUGGAGUUUUCUGGUUCAUGCAAACAACCAGGCCUUGAAAUGCCUCUUUAAUAACAUUAUCUAGCUAAUUAUCUUUCUCUGGCAGUAUGAUCAAAAGCCUGGCAGCUGAAUUCUGAACGAAAGUAAUGGAUUCAAUGCCCCAUUGAGUGAUUACAGUUUUGUAGAUGAGUCCCCUUUAUAAAUUCAUUCUAUCCUAUGCUUUUUGAUAGAAUUACUUGCGAGAAAGCUCCAUAAGGUCCCAAUUUAAUUUUUAUUAUAUCCAUUCUGUAACCAAAAAAUCAACAUAAGGAUGUGAAUAAAAUAUCUUUUUAAGAUUGGAUGUGAGAAGACUUUCCAGACCUUGAAAUCUUAAAUUAGAUUUAAUUAAAACUGAACCUGAUUGUGUAGCUUCAAUGAAAGUCCUCCUCAAACCAAUGCUGAACUAAAGUAUAACAAGCAUUUUUGUAUGAUGACAUGCCAAAUAAUAUUUUGCAAGUCUGGAGACAACUAUCCAUGAUUAAAACCUGUGCACAUGUAGACUUGAAAUGUCAAACACAUGUUGCUUCAAAAAAACUAUAACAAUGUUGUGCUCUACAUUCCAUUCUGGUUUUUGUUUUUUAAAAUUUCUAGCUGACAUACAGAUUUUAUCUGUUAUCCUGUUAAGCUUCAGAAACACUUGAUCAGGCACCCCCAACCUUCGGCUCUCCAGAUGUUUUGGACUACAGUUCCCAUCAUCCCUUACCACUGGUCCUGUUAGCUAGGGAUCAUGGGAGUUGUGUUCCAAAACAUCUGGAGGGCCACAGGUUGGGGAUGCCUGCUCUUGAUGGUAUAACACUUGCUGUUUUGUACAUGAAAAUUAGAAAUAACCUUCUGAAACAUCUAAGUAUUGUUUAUGUGACUUAGCAGUCUUGCCUAAUCCUGUUUACCUGUAGCAGGAAAAGGGCUUUGUAUUGUACCUGUAACAAGAACUAUAUGCUGUUCAUGAUACUAAUGUUCUCCUUGGCCUUCUUGCUGAAACCAGCUAUGCAGGGUGUAUUGGGGCUUGCUUUUUUGCACUGUUUCAGGGUUUGCAUUCUCUCUAUAGCUUUGCUUAUCUAAGCUGAGUGUUAGGGACCUGGGUCAUAGAAUUGUAGAGUUGGAAGGGACCCCAAGUGUGAGGUGUUUAACCUCUUCAGUAGAAGCUACUGUCUGUCUUGAGUUAUAAAAGGAUUCAGAGAAGGCCUCUUGAAUUUCUUGCUUUAAUUGGCCAUUUCUUUCUUCCAUUAUUUUAAUGUAACUCUGGUUUGGCAACAGCUGUCCCCUGCAAAAAAGCAAAAUUUAGAAGGAUAAAUGUCCCUGCUCAGCAUAACAGGUGAGGGCUGAUAUUUUGGACCAAAACUACACCUGCUCUGCAUACAAAUAAAUGGAGUAAGAAUCUUUAGGACAUAAUUGCUAGAUUUGACCUAAUAGCACAGCCCCUCAGCUUGCAAUAGUAGCGUAAUUGCAAUGAACUACAUUGCAGGGUUGUUGUAAGCCACUUCUGUCCAACUUGGGCUGUAUGCACCACCCGUACCCACCCUGUUUUGCAACACCACCAGACCACACUGCAGGGUUGUUGAAAACAACGCAGCCUGCAAUUAUGAGGAGUGAAACACUGGAGGGUUGUCCUAAAUCACUCCCCCAGCCAGCCCCUCUCCAACCUGAAUUAUGGGGAGAAUUGUAUUGGCAGAGCUAUUUAUUUAAAUGUAGUGUUUCACGGGAGAUAUGAGGCUAGAAAGAUAAGCAGUGCCUCUGUUUGCUGGCACUUUGUAAGGCAAUGCACAUGCUAGUGCCCGAAACUGGGGGCUUCUCUGUUGAAUUGUUAUGGGCACCUUUAUCCUGCCGAGGGAUUUUUAAAUUAUCGCUUCUCUGUGGGCAGCAGGAAAUGGCGCAUCUAGGCAACAACAUGGCCAUCGCUGUGAGAUAGGUAUCUGAAUCUAUAUCAAGGAUCAGAACUGCGGGUUCAGUGAUACCCCAGCUGUUAAGCAGGGCAACAAGGACGUCAGUCCUUCCCACCCCUUUCUUUAAGCCGCUGGCCUAGUAAGAAAGGCCGCCUCUGCUUCAAGGACCCGGAUGUCUCGCAGGAACGAGAGGCGCCAGGUUUGAAGGCAAAGUAGCUGUGACGUAAGCCUUGCAUGGAGAGGCAGGUUUGGUGGACUCAAACAACACAAUGAGGGGGAGAGGCGGAAGAGCCGAGGCGCUGGCAUAGGGGUGAGAGAAAGGGCGCUGGCUGGCUGUUAAAGGGAGACUGGGCUCUGAUUCCUUCCCGCUCCUCCAUCAGGCCUUCCUUCAGUCAGUGGACUAUAGGGGCUGAAGCACAGAGACCUGCCUUUAAACUAAUCUCGGGUACUCUAAAGCAUGUUUACACACAUCUGAACAGUGUCUGAUUGGCUUGCUAUUGAAUUGGCUUCCACAAUAAAUAAAGAUACUGUCGCUUUUUAAAAUAGUAAUAUAUUUCCAGUGAUACUGUCAGGUUAUAUGCCUGGCUGACCUAUUCAGGCAUUUGUUCCCCUUUUUUGCUAGCUACUGCUUUGCAAUUCAGGGUGCAAACAGAUGAGUUCCAUAUUUCAGGAUAAAUGGCUUGAGAUUAAAGACAUUGUUUCAUUCUCUCAUACAGUACCAUCCCUUUAAAGUGGCUCGCAUAUGCUUGCUUCACUAAAAUAAGCCAUUUAUUUGUAUGAGAGUAAGAAAGUAAAAACUUUUAGGAACGGGUAAAUUACUCGUGCUACUUGUUAUCUAGGUUAAAAGGAGCAACUGAGUCAGAACGCUCUCCAAAAAUGGCGUGUAAAGAUGAGAGAGAGGCUGAAGAUUACAAGAGGAGGGGAAGAAGAUCUUCACAGGUGGAAUACUUUAUUUUUUCCUAGUUCUGUUACAUGGGUAAACAGAGAAUUCUUGCUUUCUGCUGCUUUGGUAACACUGUGUUUGCUCAGACGCUACAUUGCAUUCUUCUGCUUGGCUCUUACGCAUGUAUUAUGCUUUUCAUUCACCACACUAGUUGGUGAUUUCUAUAAUAGCUUCUAACUUAAUACAUAUGCAUGUUGAGAAUGUUACUAUGAAGUCUUGAACUGGAAAACCAGCAGUGCUGUGUCUAUAAUGGUAUAAAAGUGAUCAAAUUCUAUGAACAGGCAUUUUACUAAGCUUUUAAUGGUUCUCCAGAAAUACAAUAUACAGAAAUGAGCAAGGACUGAGUAUUGCCUGUUGAUUAGGAUCUAGAAAUUUCAGACUGCAUCCAUUGUUGGAUACGCCUUCAUAAAAAGAUACUCAGUAUAGAAAACUAGUGUCUUGGGGGUAAGGUGUUCAAUAGUCUUCAAAGCAGAGGAGCAAUACGUCAGAUAAGGUCAUGUCUGCAAUCUUAAGGUGUGUCAGACCAAACAUAGGUUUACCAUAUGACUGAGAACAAGGCCAGAUGCUGCCAGGAGUGGGGGUGAUCAAUUUCUGAACCGGUUGUAGUGGGCAAUAUUUUAGAGAUAGCAAUAAAGCUGUUUUUGAGAACCCAUAUAUUUCCCUUCUCCAAUCCCCCCAUGACUUCUUACAAACUCUGAAUGGUGGCUUGUAAUGAUGUAUGGGGUUAUGGUUUUAGUUUUGUGUUGUAUAAUUGUAGAGUUCCAAGAAACCACAAGAUCUUACUGUGAGGCAGCACCAUCCACCGACUGCACACAGAUGAAUGGAAUGCAUAAGAUAUAAAGACAUCCUGUUUGUGGAAGGCAGGAGGAACAAGGGAGAGCUAGCUGCCAUUUUGCAAUGAGUCCAUCAUGACAAAGGCCCUGCUUUAUGGGAACUUACCAGAAGUUUAGGUUUUUUCUAGCUGCCCUCAUCUUUUGGCAAGGGAGAUGUGGAGCCCGUUCCUUGCUCUCUAGAUUGGAUCUGGGGUGGGUAUCAUCCCCAUAAGAGUUCUGAACAUAAGAAGAAGGAAGAUCCCAACCUUGCUCUCCUAACUCCAAGCAUGAAUGUUUGGUUGUUGGUGACUUAGAUGUAAGGAACACCUUGGAUGCUUGCUGUCAAAGCAGCUCUGAAGAGAAAUGUUGGGGUGGGACACUUCAGUAGUAGAAAUCAAGAGCUUCAAAGAGCCUCAAGACCCCACCUAAGUAAGGAGGUUGAGGAUGGCCAUUUUGUCAAAUCUUGCAUCUGGAGGUCCAGCAGGAGAUCAGAGACUAAGGCUGUAGUCCUGCACAAUUUAAGCCCCACUGAAAACAUUGGGACUUGCUUCCUGGUAAACAUGCAUGUUUCACAGGAAAGGAGAGACUGGAUGACCACAAAGCUUCAGCUUGGCCACGAAAGACAACCAAAAUUUGUGAGCUUCUGUCUUCCGGUUUGGACCAAUUUAUACCAUGUCCAUUUGGCAACCAGCUUCCAUAAUUCAGGUUUUGCCUAGAAGCCCCCUAGUAUUCCAAAAUAGUUGCCAUAAAAACCAUGAUAUGAAAGAUUAAAGUCUUGUAGAAUUGGUGAUGUGAGCUAUGCUUUUCUGCUCAACUGUGUUAGCUAGGCAUACAUUUCUCCACUAAUAAUUGGGAAUGCUGUGGGCAUCUGUUAAGAAGGCUGUUGCAGAACAUUGUAUUUGUUUCUCUGAAAACAUGUGGCUGUUAAGCCUCUUGUGUAGGGACAAAAUAAAAUAUAAUUUAGGGAAAUCUGUUACUUAGUUUGGAGUCUCCCCAGAAGAAUCAAUAGCUUAAUUCAGAGAAAUGUACUACUUUCAAGGAGCGAUGGUUAAAAAUACUGUUGAUAUUGGGGAGUUCCUGCAGCAUCUAACCUGCUUCUGAGGGAGAAAGUAAACACAUUGUAAAGUGAGAGUGUAGUAUAUAAAAAAGAAAAGGAAACAUUUAUAUUUUUCUGUUCCUUGGAAUUAUAGCUCUUCUGUUUGAAGAAUUUAACAUUAGGCUUUCAUUUAGUCUCUCAUAUGCAUCACCUGUAAUAAAACAUGUAAUUUCUACCUGCAAACUAAGGCACCUGAGGUUUCAGCUUAAAAGAGGAACCAUAAGCAAAUGAACCACCAUUACCAGUGCCCAGCUGGGAUUGUAUGAGCAGGGGAGACGUGAGGGCAGAGCAGCAUUCUUGUGCUUCUUCAUCCUUCCCUGAGGUUUUAUUUUCAUGCCCCAAAAAAUUCAUUACACCAGUUGCAGAGCUGUCAGUCACCUCCCUGGUUUGGGUGUGUGUGUAGAGGAACUGGGAAGGGUAUGGAACUGUUGGAGCUAUAGCCUUCCCCCAUCAGGGACAUAAUUUUAUAAAUAAUAGCUCUCAACACAUUAUUUAUGCAACCUUAAUGCGAAGUUCCUUGGGUGCUCGUCACAAAACGGUUCCCAUGGGGGCGCGACAUAGCAAAGCUGAUACAAUGGAGUUUGCAGCAUAACACAAAAUGGUUGCCACAUCUAAAAGAGCAGGAAAAAGAUGACCACAGAAUGAGGCAGGCAUGCCCCUCAUCAGUCUCUGCUGUGCUCAGUCACGGAGAGAAACUCUGUUUGAAAGGGAAGGGAGGGGUGAGUGUCCAGCCCUGGCAUCUAAUGAAAUGUGUAAUGGCAGUGGGGGGGUGUUCAAUGUAGGAGAGACUGAGCCAGUGUAAAGAGGAACUGAGCAGAAAGAACAAAGAGUCUCUCAAGCAUUGUGGAUUUUUUAGAGGAUGUUUCUUAAGACCUUUUGCGGGUGCCAUUGGAAAUACUGGAAGGCAUCCUAGGCUCCAUGAGUACCACAUUGGUGGUCCCUGCCUUGGUACAUUAAGUGUAAAUGAGAAAGUGAUAUCAUAAAAUGGGUAAGAACAUCUUGUUCCUUAUGUUUCUUAGAAUUGAAAUACUUCAUCUACUCUUUGGAAUGAUUAGGACUCAUCUAUAUGGGGACAAAUCCUGUGUCUCCUGAAACUUUCAGUUAUGCCAUGCACAGAGGACACCUUUGUUUUGUAGUGCAAUGGUGUGUUUCUGAGCCAUAAGCAAUGCAGUUGGCUAUUUAAAAAAUGCAGCAACAUUCUUAUUCUAUUGUGUGCAGAUUAUUCUGAACUUUAAAAAGUUAAGUAGGACUGGAUGCUGCUCUCUCGUGUUGUGUAGCCUAAAGUUUUGUUCUUCCUGCAAAAAAUAAAUAAAUCUGGGGGUUGAGAUGUUAGGCGUGUUAAGUAGAAAAUUAUAAGUACCGUUGGUUGAUGUGUUUAGUGAUUAGCCAACUUUUGCUAGAGUUGUCUAUCCUCUGAAGUUCACGACAUGGCAUUAAAGGUUUUUGGUUUGUUACUCCUUUUAACUUAACUUGAAAUAGUCAACAUUUCUUUAUAUGCACAGACCAAAGACAUCAGUUGAUGAAAGUGUUAGAUUCUUAGUUGAAGUUUAUGUCUUUAUCCUAGCUGCCUCUAGCACACUAACAGCACAGACUUUUGCAUGCCUGCUCCAAAAUCCCAUUGAGUCUAGUGGGACUUAAUUUCAUGUAAAUGUGUAGAGGGUUGUACUUAAGACAGACUUGAGGGUAAGCACUGUUGAACAUGAUGGGAUUCCUUUUCCAUAAACUUGCCUAGAACGCAUUGGAUGGCUACUUUACUGAGUAAACAUUCACUGAAUGAGGCUGUAAGAACUGUUUAUACACUAUGUAACAAAAUCCUGGAUUUGCACCCAAUCUGUUUUGCACCCUUUAAACUUGUUUAUGUAGAAGUAAGUGUACCGAGAGCCAAUUGAGUUUAUUAUUUAUUUAAAUAUUUGCAGACCUCACUUUUCAUUAAAAAAUACAGCAAAGCAGUAUAAUAGUACCUAAUUGUAGUGAAGUGUGAUAAAGACAGUAAGUUACUGUGAAUUGUGUGGGUGGACUUCGCUGCAAUAACACAAAUCUCGUACAGCAUAUUGAAACUUAUCUUCUUUCAGGGCUACGAUCCUAAAGAACCCGAACAGUUGAGAAAACUGUUUAUUGGUGGCCUGAGCUUUGAAACUACAGAUGAUAGUUUAAGAGAACAUUUUGAAAAAUGGGGCACACUUACAGAUUGUGUGGUAAGUGAUCAUAACAAUCAGUUUACUGUUAACAAUGUUAUGUGUGCUUACUUGGAAGAAAGUCUCACUGUUUCCAGUGGGGCUUACUCCUCGGUAAGUAUGCACAGGUUUGCAGCAUUCACAAAAGUCAGUGCCUAAAUUAUUGUUAUAUGCUUUAACUUUCUUGAAGGUGAUGAGAGACCCACAGACGAAACGUUCCCGAGGCUUUGGCUUUGUGACCUAUUCUUGUGUGGAAGAAGUAGAUGCUGCUAUGGCAGCCCGACCACAUAAGGUUGAUGGGCGUGUGGUGGAACCAAAGAGAGCCGUUUCUAGAGAAGUAAGUGAAUAUUUAAGUAUAUAUACUGAAUUUGUCAAACCUUAAUUGUAGGAACUUUUAAUCAUUUGCAAAUCUUUUUGUAAGACAAUUGAAGUAUUUAGGCAUGGCACCAUCUUGGAAGGUUGAGAUACUAAAUGUAACUUGUUACUUUGUAGGAUUCUGUGAAACCUGGUGCUCAUUUAACAGUGAAAAAAAUAUUUGUGGGAGGAAUUAAAGAAGACACAGAAGACUAUAAUUUAAGAGAUUACUUUGAAAAAUACGGCAAAAUUGAAACCAUAGAAGUAAUGGAAGAUAGACAAAGUGGAAAGAAAAGAGGGUUUGCCUUUGUAACGUUUGAUGAUCAUGAUACAGUCGACAAAAUUGUUGGUAUGUAAUGCUUUCCUUUUGUGCAGCCUUUUUAUAUUUCUUUCAAGCUACUGAUGGAUGGAACUUUCUCCUAGUGAACAAAAAAAUUACUGUAAGAACUAGACUUCCUAUUUGCUUUCUUACUAAAUUGAAUAUAUUUUAAAAGAUUACCCUUUUAAAGCUCAAUAUAGUGCUGGGGGGGUGGAUGCUUUUCUCUCCUGAACUUUUUUGUGUGAUGGCUUUCCUACAAUUUUAAACCAUGAGCAGCAUGAUUUGCCCCUAACCUCUCUUCAAUCCCCCUCCUCUGCCUGUAUCUUUCUAACAUGUCUUUGUAGUUACGUGCCUAGCUGAGGAAGACAGUCCAGUUUCCAGCCUGUACUGUUUGUUGUUGUUGUUGUUUUACUCAAAUCAAUCCAGUUCCCUUGCUGGGACCCUUGUAAGGAUCUAGCUGGCUGUCUGCCUGUCCCUAUUCCUCCCCCCUCCCACUUGGUUUGGUCACAUGCUCUCUCUCCUGCAAGUAAGAAUUUCAUGCUACACCCCCAGGUUUCAAGCAUCCUUCACACUAAUUGAGUAUACUUAAGAGCCAGGUACAACAGACUUGCUAACUGCUUUAAAAUAUAGCCUGAACAAUGCUAGGAUCCUAAAGAACCUUGGGUCCAAAGCAAGCACAUUCUUGGAAAUCCAGCAGGAAAAUGAGCGCACCUGGGUUGAGUGGGAAGAGUCCAACGCAAAUGACCAUCAGGUACCACACAAUGGAGGUCUAUGGAGGACAUGAUCGGCUAAAAUCGGAAAGGGGAAGCUUUUUUAUUUCAUUAUGGUCUUUCCUACUGUUUCCCUAUCAUUCAAGCACUGCUUGGAUUCCAUGAGUCAUUUGUUCUCUGAGGAGCUCUUUUCCCCUUGAAUUUUUCCUUCUCCUACUCCCCCCAAAUAAUUUCUAGGCUCCAGAGAUGUUCCUUCCUUAUGAAGAGGUGAGAUGAGAGGGAUGCUGAGCAUCCGUUUUAUGAUAUAUUCUGCCACAAAGAUCUAGGAAACAGACUUCAUUGCCCACUGUUUUCCUGACUUCCUUUCUUUGGCUCUUUGUGCUAUGUGUCUUUUGUUUUAUGGUAUUUUUAGAGUUUCCUUUCCUGAUUAUAAGGAGGAAAUAAAACUAAAUAAUACUGCUGCUCCUGUGAAAAUAUCUUCUGAAUAAUAUGGCAUAAGUGCUUAUUCAAUUGUGUGCAUUUUUAUAAUAAGGAUCAUUUCAAAACUUCUUUUAGUUCAGAAAUACCACACUAUAAAUGGACAUAACUGUGAAGUGAAGAAAGCUCUCUCCAAGCAAGAAAUGCAGACGGCAACUGCACAGAGAAGUGAGUUUGUUACAUAAUAGCACAGCCUGUGGAGAUAAUUGCCUACAAGCAUUUUAAUAAUUCACUCUCUUUAUUCUUUAGGUCGUGGAAGCAGUUCAGGCAACUUCAUGGGCCGUGGGAACUUUGGAGGCAGUGGUGGCAGUUAUGGCAGAGGAGGAAGUUUUGGUGGCAGAGGUAAACAUCUGUUCUUGCUUCUCCACCCCCUUCCAAAAAUACUACCCUGAGUUACAGUGCAUCACUGUAUCUUACACUUUUUGUUCUGAUUUUAGGUGGUUACGGUGGCGGAAGUGGUGGUGGUGGUGGCAGCAGAGGAAGUUACGGGAGUGGUGAUGGAUACAAUGGCUUUGGUGAUGGUAAGAAUAACAUUGCUAAUACCAGUUCAAUUAUACUUGUGGGGGAGGGGCGUCAGUCCCUUAGAUCUGCUUGAAGUAUCUUAAUGUGAGAAAAGUGAAAGGGAAGCUGACAACUUGUGGACAAUCUAGGUAUUACAAGAAAUUGGGUUCUCUUAAGUCAUGAUUAACGUAUCCCAUGGGACUAAAAAAAAGCACCCUUAUAUCAGACUGGGUGAUCACCAAACUUGUCCAGGGCAGCUGAUGGCAGGCUGUCCAUCAUUUAGAUUCAGGUAGGUAGCCGUGUUGGUCUGACACAAUCAAAAUAAAUAAAAAAAAUGUCCAGUAGCACCUUAGAGACCAACUAAGUUUGUUCUGAGUAUAAGCUUUCAUGUGCAUGCACACUUCUUCAGAUACAUCAUUUAAUUAGCCAGUGGUAGGUCUUGGAAUGCAGCAUUCCAAUAAAGGCAAUAGGACUGAGACAAGCCAGGAUCCACUGAUCCCAAACUGGUCUCACUGCUGUCAUGUGAUGCUGUCAGGCCCAAUUGCCUUUCCAGCCUGGAAUGUCUCCCCACCCCACCUUCCACUUUGGCCACAAAGAGUGGCAGGGCUGCAUAUGCAUUUUCCCUGUCAUUCCACAAAGCCCUGCCAUCUGGAAGGACAGUUGAUGGUGCCCCAGUCUGGAUCUAAUCCAGUGUCAUGAAUCCUAAGUUUCUGUGAACAAAAUUCUGCUCAUGGGAGUGCCCCUACCCCUGGGGGCAGGGAAGGAAGUCCCCUAAAGUGCUCCAGGUAGUUGGGGAAUCUCCAGUAAAAGUUGCAUAGAGGUGGCACAGAAGGCUACUGGUGAAAUUGGCAAACACUUCCCCCUUCCGCUCGCUCUUUCUAUUAGUAAGAGCUUCCACUGGAUCAGAUUCUCUUCUGUAAACGGACAGGCAACUCAGGAUCUAAACAUUAUUUUUAGAUUUGUGAAAUGUAUGUAACCUAUUAAGAGACUUUGGAAUUGCGUUAUUGACUGCAGCCAAAAUAUAGUUGGGUGUGCACAAAGCCUUCUCAGAGCAGGGUAAAUAACCAAAAUAUGGGUGAUCUUCAAGCUGCUUGAAUGACCCAUGACAGAUAGAGCCUCUGGUCCUCUCACUUGGAAUAUUUCGCAGUUUCCAGUAAUCAAGUGAUAAAUCAUGCUCAGUGGCAACCAGUCUUCAUCCAUGGACAUGAAAUGGUUUCCAUUGAUUGUAAACAGCAAAUUGUGGCUACAAAUCCUUAGACAGUCGUGGCUAGGUCAUUGAUUUUAUUUGGACUUCUCCAUUGGGAUGACUUGAUUGGUAGCUAUUACCAAGUCGUAAUACGCCUUUCGUAGUAGUUGGCCUCCAUGCAGUAUUGGUGAUUUUUUGGAUACUGCUUUACAGUUCCCAGUUACUUUUGUGUUUAGAUCAUGUCAUUUCAUAACAAAACAUUCACAUUCCUGUCCCUUUUAUUGAUCUUUCUCAAGGUGGGAACUAUGGAGGUAGUCCUGGGUACGGCGGCAGAGGAGGUUAUGGUGGCAGCCCGACCUAUGGAACCCCAGGUGGUGGAUAUGGCGGAGGAGGUGGAGGCUAUGAUGGUUACAAUGAAGGGGGGAGCUUCGGUGGUAAGAAUCCUGAAGUACAUUGUGUUGAUCCAUCUGUUCUGCUCAUGUUUGAUAACAAGCUUGAGGCCUUUAGCUUGUCACUGUUUUUAAAAUGUUGUGCAGUGUAAACUUCAGCCAAAAAUGAAAACCACUUCCAAAUUCUAAACCCUUGAAAUCACAGUGGUAUGAAAGAUAUAUGGGAAAGCUUCAUGGUUCCCCGCCCCCCAGGCCAGGUUUAUAGGAUGUCUUCUUUAAACUAUAGAGUUGCACUGGUAACAAGACUCCAGAGCAGGGGAUCUAUAGAAAGAGGGCUUACUUUCACACCUGAGCAACCUUCCAGUGGCUACAUGUCAGUGGUGGAGAGAGCCCAAGGCAAAAGUGUGCAAAGGAAAGUACCCCUGUAGUUUUCUGCACAUGCCCUUCUCCAUCCCCCAGCCAGGGGCAAAGAGCUCAUUGACACAUUCCAGCCAGGCAGAACCCUCAAGAAAGGUAGAAAGGAGGGCUAGUGAGCAGUGUGACCUGGGCUGAGUCCCAAGGGCUGGAUAGAGAGGCCUGAAGGACUGUAUUUUGUGCCCAGGUAUGAAGUUCCCCACCAUUGCUUCAUACAAACAUUCAUUAAGCCUUAAAACCUAAGAAGAGAACAACUACAACUUUCUAGCCAGCUAGUUCCAUUGCCCAGAAUUUAUUUAAGAAUCUUUAUGUUAAUGUAAUCUACAAACUUUCCCUCUAUUACCUGAAACUCCUUGAGAAUCAUUUACUGUUGUUGUUUUCUUUCUGCCUCUGCAUUUUGUGCUGGCAUUGGAGUGUAGAGGAAAGAGUCCAAUCCAUCUGUUCAGUGCUCAGAUCUGGGGAACUUUGGAUCUGUGCUAGUGAAUGCCUUUCAGUGUGGAUUGGAAUACUAGUCUCAUUUUCUGGGACUGGACUACUGUCCGAUAAUCAUUUUUUUGAAAAAGAAUAAUAAUCUUGUUCAUACUUCUCUCAAGAAACUUUGAACUUGGUUAAGUUAACACAGCAGAAUUUAAAGUAUCUAGAGUUAUUAAUGCGGUUAAUUAAAAUAACAGGAACCCUUAAUGAUUUAGCAAAGGAGUGAGCAUUUUUUAUUUCUCCAAUAUAACAAAGGUUGGCAAGAACUGAACAGGAAAUAAAUUUUUGCAUGUGUAUUUUGAAUGUUCUUGGGAACAAUUGCAGUUACUCAGCCUAGCCAUGAUUAUGUCCAGGUAGCUGAAAUCCCAUUAUGUGCAUACAGUAAAUCUGGAGUUAUGAAACACGUGUUGUAUACUAAAGUGUAUUUUGUGCUGGGUAGGUGAGUUAAUGUGAAUGAAUUGUAGUGCACUUGAAAUGUACUUCUCAAAUAAUUCUUGACCUGAUAAACACAAACCUUACAUGUUAUUAUUCUCAGGCAACUAUGGUGGAAGUGGAAACUAUAAUGACUUUGGCAAUUAUAGUGGACAACAGGCCUCAAGCUAUGGACCCAUGAAAGGAGGUAGCAGUUUCAGUGGCAGAAGCUCAGGCAGUCCCUAUGGUGGUAAGUACAACUUACUAAAGUACAUAUGUGUCUGUUACGCUCCUAAAGAAUAUUUAUUUCAACAGACCAUGUUCCCAUUUUUAGGUGGCUAUGGAUCAGGAGGAGGAGGUGGUGGUGGCUAUGGUGGAAGAAGAUUCUAAAAAUUGUAACAGAAUAAGGGUAGGUAUGCUACAAAUACUUGUUGUAUAUGAAGACUAUACAACGUUUCACUGAGAGUAAUCCUUUUCUUAUCCUAUAUUCAACAGGCUACACAGUUCUUAGGAGAGAGCGAGGAGUUGUCAGGAAAGCUGCAGGUUACUUUGAGACAGUCGUCCCAAAUGCAUUAGAGGAACUGUAAAAUCUGCCACAGAAGGAGCGAUGAACCAUAGUCAGAAAAAGUUACUGCAGCUUAAACAGGAAACCCUUCUUAAGGACUGUCAUAGCCACAGUUUGCAAAGAGUGCAGCUAUUGAUUUAAUGCAAUGUAGUGUUUAGAUGUACAUUCCUGACUUUUUUUUUAAUUUGUUGUUUGUAGCUUUGUCUUUUCUUCAUAAAUCAGGUAUAUUGCCCUGUAAAUUUGUGGUAGUGGUGGUAGUGGUACCAGGAAUUAAAAAUAAUUAAGGAACUUUUAAUUUUUUCCAAUAUUUGUGUAGUUCAGUUUUUUCUUACUGAAACUUCUUUAAAUAAAGAAAUGUAGUUUUAGGGUAUAUUCUUGCUAGGAAAAAAAUCAGUGCAUUAUAAUCUGUAUUAAUUUAAACUAUAGAAAUGCUGAAUCGUUUAAGAACCUUAGUUUUCUGCAUAUGUAACCGAACGAAAUGAGUUGCACAUGCAAAGGGAGAGAAGAGAUGUUUGCAUUAAAGCUUGUUUAGCUGUAUAACUAGGAGUGAGUCAUUUAAACUAGUGCUUGUGAAUGAUAAAAAGCUUUACUUUCAAAUGAAAAUUCCAGAUACUUCUGGCUUGUGCAUAUCUUAAUUUGUAGCCUUUGUUUCUUAGCCUAAGACUUAUAAGUAAAUAAGCAUUGAAAGAGAUAUUUUAAAGCUUUAUUCAGUUUGCCUCCCAUUUCAUUGGUAUAUACAGGAACUACAUUAAGCAUUGGCAGAACAGGUUUAUUACUGUUGAGGCUUAACACCCCACCCCCAACCUCAAACAGAUUUAAGUGUGUGUGCACACACUCUUUUGAAUUAAAACUUUGAAACCAAUGACCUGGGUCUGUUACUUAGCUUAAUUGUAUAACUUCAUUUGUAUAUAUUUCUUCCCUCAAAACAUGGAUUCUUCUGUAAUGGUCAAUACUUCCUACUUUGUGUAUUUCUGCAUGCUCUCUUAUCUGAAACAAGCUUACAGCACAGGCACAAUCCCUUCAAGUUCCUUGCAAUUGAGUAUAAAUAUUCUGACCUAUGAACAAACCCAACACAUUUCACACACUUUCUAAUGCCUUGAUUGUAGGCCUUGAAGGUGGUGUGAAAACCAAAUGGUUCACAAUCUAGCAGCAGGAAAUAUCUGGGCUGAACAUGAUACGUAUUUGUCACUAAAAGGAGUAUUGUGGGCUAUAAAUCCAUACUUUGAUGCAUCAGAAUCGUGUGGUCAAAACUUGAUAAAAUUCAUAAGCAGGGGUGUGUGGUCUACUCCUUCACUUAUCCAAAUUUGUGUACAGCCAUGUUCCCAGGCUAUCCUUCUCAACCUGAUCAGACUUCUCUUUUAACUAUUGCCAGAGCAGUGCUUUCUGUCAGUACACAUCCAGAAGAGUAGGGCACAGUGAGUAGAAGAAACUCAGACACUUGCCAGUAUGAUGCUGGAUAUUUUCUUCUGUUACUACUUCUCUAGGCCAAUGAACAGUAUCAGGUAAACAAUUCCAGUAUAGGAAUGGAUUAUCAGACACUAUAAAACUUUGCUCUAAAAUUGUUGUAGGUUCAACCAAAUGUGUAUGUUGGGCUUGUACAAGGCAUACAGUGGUGGUGGUUGUAUAGAAUUCUAUGGUUAAAUCUCAAAAAGUACAAGUGUGCUUAAACAAGGGUCAAGCACUGAUACAGCCCCGAAGUGCUAUACAGUGGUACCUCGAGUUACAAACACUUCAGGUUACAAACUCUGCUUACCUGGAAGAGUUAUCUCGAGUUGAGAACUUUGCCCCAGGAUGAGAACGGAAAUCGUGUGCCGGCGGCACAGCGGCAGCAAGAGGCCCCAUUAGCGAAAGCACGCCUCUAGUUAAGAACACUUUCAGGUUAAGAACGGACCGCGGAACGAAUUAAGUUUGUAACUCGAGGUACCACUGUAAUAUCAUAAUGGCAUAUAUUAAGGUGGGAAUUGGGUAGUUGGCCAACAGGAAACAAGUGUUCUAUAAUGCAAUAGGCAAAACGUGUAGAAGGGCAUCAUUUUAGUAUUGUGAAAUGGAAUCCUCCCAUUACUAAGCUGCAUAUGCAGAUUUCUUCUUGGAAGAGUAGAGUAGAUGUAAACCACCCCUUUCAGGCCUACUGUUGAUUGUAGGGGCAGAACCUAGAGGAUGAGUUUUUCUGUUCUUGCGGGAGAGGGUGGGACCUUGAUGGCACACAGUGGGGGGAGGGGGAACCAAUUUUAUAGUGUGUUAAUCUGUUCUGCUAUUCCUAAUCAUGCAAUCUGUAAGUUGCCAGUUGUUGGUGCCAGUGACUUAGACCUAGUUCUCUGAUGUGGAGAAGUGUAAGCAGAGGACAGCAAUUAACCAGCUCUAAAGACUUUAGGAUGUACCUCUUAGCCAAAGUGUGGAUCAAAGGAGACUCAGACAGGACUUCCUGCAGCCUAUUGUGUAUGUGGACCAGUCAGCAUAUUUAAAGAAUGACAAGGCAGCGACAGCACCAGCUUCAACUUCCAGAAAAGUGAAAGCAUAAAAUACUAUGCUGAUAGUGAGCAGCUUUCCAAAAGCUAGUUAAAACUGCCUAUCACUGCUGAAAUAUCGAAGAAAGUCUAGCAAGAGUUCUUCACCAGUUGGAACCUCCUUGAGUCAUAGCUACUUGAGUUCACCCAGUCAUAGGUCUAGCAUUUAGACCUGAAAGGAAGGGGAAUGAGAAUAGGUAAGGUUUGUCUCUAACACUUUUAACGAAUUAAAAGAGCUACUCUUUCCUGAACAAGGUAAGAAAAAUCUCUUUGACUUGCAGAUUGUUGAAGAAACUUCUGCUUGACCAGAUGUGGAUUUCUUGCCUGCUGGAAAACCUGUGGCUUGGUAAGACUCUAGUACAAUAUAAAACAUUGAUGUGCCCAUGACUGUAUUCUUGGCUUUGAAAAUCCAGCUUCUGUGAUAAGAAGGAAUUAUGCAAAAACAAGGUGAGUGCCAGUACUUAAUCAUUGUACUUCCAUACUAUGAAAUGUGAGCAGUGCAGCAUUACAAUUUAAAUUCUCAUCUGACUGAUGUAUAGGGAAGCUAUACCUGGUGACUUUUAGCACUGAUACACCUUUAGAAAAUGUUUCAUGUUAUUUUAGUAACAAAAGAAUCCUAAAAGGUAGGUCAGUGUUAUCCAGAUUGCUUAAAAGAGGCUGAAGUGUAGUAGCUUGUCUGAUGAACUGCUUGCUGAAGCAAGAUUUUAUCUUUUGGUAGUAAUUUCCCACAACUUAAAUGAUAAGUAGAUUUUUAAAAUAAAAACUGUAUUUCAUGUUCAUUAGUACACAGGUAACUCCCCGUUUCCGCAGGGGUUGCAUUCUGGGUCAAAGCACACAUCGGUGGAGUGUGUAUAAGCCUGCCCCCAGCCCUCCUUUUUCCAGGUCCAAAAGGACUUGUGCGUCAGUUGGAUGUGCCUAAAAUGAUCACUGCCUAUAAUUGGAUUUGGGCAAAUCCAAUGCAUAAAGUCAACCUGAAUUCUGUCCACCUUUUCACACCUGUUGGAACUGCAGAUUUUCUGUUGGUAAUAUUAUUAAUUACUGAAUUUCAGACAAGAAAAUAAUUUCCUCUGGAAGUUGAGUACCUGGUGUCCCUACCAAAUAAUUGGUUUUCAGGUAACCUAAAUCUUUAAGAAUGGCUUCUUAGUACUGUAUCUUGGUUGGGUUUUUCCUGCAUAAUGUCCCAUUAGUCUUGAAUUUGACAUAUCUCGAUAAAUACAUAGAAUUCUGUCUUGCCUUAUUCUCCAUCUGUGCUAGGUCUGCAUGCUAAUGGAUGUAGGAUCAUGGUUCCGUAUCUUCUUGCCCUGUUGGGGACCCAGGAUUUUGUCAGCAUCACAUUCUCACUCCUAUUCAACCAUGAACUUUGGCAGGGAACAUUUAGAAUUGUUGACUUCUCCCGUCUUCAGACACACGUGUCAAAUGUAGUGCAAAUGUUUAAUGGGAGAGCACACAGUGCUACAAGGCCAUGUCUCUUAAUUUGCCUCUCCUGCUGCACUAGACAUUGCAGUUUGCUGCUGCCGUUGCCCAGCACUGGAGUGGCAAACAGCAGCUCUACCCAUUUUCUCUUUUCUAAAAUAGGGACUCAGCCAAGCUGCUUGUGUGCUCAUUUUGCACCUUUCCGCCCAACACACAACAGAACGUAGAUUUGGGGUGAGUGUAUGUACUUCUGUUUCCUUCCUCCUCUAGUAGGAGGGUGCCAGCUCUGUGCCUAGGAAAGGAAGUACUGAAUCCUAGGUGAACUUGCUUACGUACUGUCCCAAAGCAGUCUCAGCUGCAUGUUUGGUGAGGUGUUUAGAAGAUUUGGGGAGAGAGGAAAUGCUAGCAGAGCAGUGUUCUUCAAUAACUAGUUGGCGAAGCUGGGAUACUCCUUUGCCUUAACAUUCUUAAUGUGCUAAACUUGCAUUUUCUCUUCUACUCUGCAGGGUAGAACAAAGACAACCAUCUCCACAAGUUGAAAGAUGAUGUGAAAUACGCCGAUAGCCUAUGAUAGGUGAAAGUGAUUGAAGUGUGUCAUCUCCCACUCACCUUGUUCAAACACUUACAAUAAAGUGUCAUAAAUUAUGAGAGUUGGCCAAUCUUUCCAAUUGUAUGUGGCUAUUAGACCUUCAUUUCUACAUCACUGCCCGUCCAUUUAUUAAAUAUUUCCUUCCAGCUUCCACAAUGUUAAAAUCGAAGAGUUUUGAAUUACUCAGGUGAAUAUUGGUAACCUUCCUUUAGUUGUAUGGACUACACAUCCCUGGAUACAUUACAGCAGAUUUGGCUAGCCUGAUUUAACUCUAAAUAAAUCUCAGCCUUUGAAAGGGGGGAGGGGAAAUCCCUGACAAAAUUUUAUGAAAUCUUUUUUCACAUAAUAAAAAGUUAAUUCAGGGCUCAGCAAGGCAGUGUCCUGAUGGGGGUUGCUGUAGAGAGAUCUACAUGUAUUUUGUGUAGUUGGAAAUGUUCUGGAAUACAAUAUUGCAUGUUUAUAAUAAUAUGAAUGACAUGCAUUUGUGUCACUCAUGCUUUCCCCUGCAAAAAUGUGUGUAGCAACCGAGAAAGACUUUGUGUAGGGUGAGUAGGCAAUACUAUGAACAGUCAUCAUAACUAAUGUUACAUACAUACUGUUUUCUAAUU